AUGCUUAGAGAUCAACUACAAAAGGAUAUUACGGAAGCUCUUGAAAAAGAUACUUUUCCAACAGGGCGAGGCUUAAAUCAAGAAACUUGUCUCAAGCGGCCCGGUGAUACACGUUGGAACUCACAUUAUGGUACAUUACUUAGUAUCAUUUCCAUGUUCAAAUCUGUGGUGAAAGUGCUUAAAUUGAUUAUUGAGGAUGGCUCCACUGAUAAUCUAGGUGAAGCAAAUAGGUCAUUGAGAGGAAUACAAUAUUUUGAGUUCGUAUUUCAUUUAUUUUUCAUGAGAUCUAUAUUGGGAGCCACAAAUGACUUGUCACAAGCAUUACAAAGGAAAGACCAAGACAUUGGGAAUGCAAUGACUUUAGUCAAAGUUUGCAAGGAACAACUACAACACAUGAGAGAGAAUGCAUUUGAAGCCUUGCUUGAUCAAGUAUCUUCCUUUUGUGGCAAACAUGAUAUCUUGGUUCCAAACAUGGAUGAUGCAUAUGUCGCUCAAUGGAGAUCACAUCGGAGAGCUCCUAUAAUAACACAUCUCCAUCAUUAUCGUGUGGACAUCUUUAUUCAAAUCAUUGAGUGGCAACUUGCGGAAUUAAAUCAUCGCUUCAAUGAGGAAAAUACUGAGUUACUUCUUUGUUUGACAUGUUUGAGUCCGGAUGAUUCAUUCAUAGCUUUUGACAAACAAAAGGUACUUCGUUUUGCUGAAUUUUAUCCUCAAGAUUUUAAUCCCCGGGAUCUCUUGGCACUUGAAGAUCAACUUCAGAUUUAUAUUAAUCAUAUGCGUACGAUGACCGAUUUUUCUCAAUUGAAAGGGAUUGGUAGCCUUGCAAGAAAAUUGGUGGAGAAAGGGUUGCAUAGAACAUAUAAUUAUGUUUAUUUGCUUCUCACAUUAGCCUUAACUUUACCGGUUGCAACUGCUUCUGUGGAGAGAGCAUUUUCUGCUAUGAAUAUUGUGAAAGGUCCACUGCGCAACCGAAUGGGAGAUCAAUGGUUGAGUGAUAGCUUACUUGUUUAUAUUGAGAAAUAUGUGUUUGCUUGUAUUGAUAAUGAAACUGUAAUGCUACGUUUUCAGAAUAUGAAAACUCGUCGUGGACAAUUGUAA